UGUCUUUCCAGGUGUUGAAGUUCCAGUUUUGAAAUUUUAUCUGAAAUGAUGAAGACAACAUUAGGAUCAAUUUUAUAGUGUUGAAAAUGAAAACAGGUCGAAAACCUGUUUAUUUUCCUUUGAAAAUAUAUUCUUAAGAAGGCUUAAUAGGACUGAGUCAACGUUUUCCUCAAUUUCGAUUAAAGUUUUCAUUCCCCAAGCAUGUAAUUGACAAAAUGAAAACUCAUGAUAAAAAUUGACGCAUCAAAAAUUGUUGAUCAUUCGAGUUUGAACAGUAGCAACAUUUCUUAAUCUUCCUGACUGAAUUUAGUACAGAGUGUCUAAAGCACCUUUUGGAAAACAUCGUCAUACCUCUCAGUUCUCAACAUUUUUCCAAGCACCUCAAUUUUUCCGUUUUUCGUUUACAGACCCUUUUGAAAUUGCUAACUGGAGCUAUUGCCCCUCAUGGAUUUUUGCAGGUUACUCGUUCUAGUCGUGCUCUCUCAUGCAUUGCUUCUAAAUACUGAAAAAUGAUCAUACCUUAAGAUAACGAUACAAUAUAUGUUUUGAAAAUGAUUAUUGCAUUAAAGCUUAUCAAUUAUGUUCUGUAUCCACUAUGUUACACGUUUUGUCCCUUAAAAAUUAACACAAUUUAGUCGACAACAUCAGUCACAGAUAUCAUGGAAUGUGGCGAACAUGUGUCACACUUUUGACUUUCAACUCUUUCGUGUGAAUAACCCGGGUACGGCGCGAGGAAUUUUGAUGUCUUAUCAACCGCAGGCUCAUUAUCACACCAGUAAAUUUUGAACGCACACUACAAUUAUCUAAAGCCCUCUUGCCUAAUAGUCUGUUGAUCAAAGUGGGACACUCAAAAAGGACACUCUUCAAUUGAAGAAGGACUUGUGAAACUUGAACCGGAGUGAUUCAAAACAAUAAAUAAUAUGUUCAUAAUUAAAUGUUGAUUAAUUGCAUUGCAUCCCUUCUGUUUGCCUUGAUUAACUACUCAUUUUGUACUUCAAAGUUCAGACUAUAUUUAGUGUUUAUAGCAUGGUUUAUAUUUUUAACGGUGUUUGCUGUUUCCUUACAAACUUGAUCCACUUGUAUUUUUGAGACUAAUGCACCAGGAAACAAAUGCAUCCGGAAUGUUGCCGCGGACCGCCGAGACCCUACGGAAAGUCCAAACAAUGAAUAUUUGCGGUCAUUUGAUAGAAAGGUCACCGCCGGAGAUGAGAGCUGCCGCGGACGGAGAGUGUGCCCAUGCGGCAUCAGGAUUCCGCGGAUUAGCAUUCGCAUCUCAACAACGGUGUCCGGGCUCGACCGGGGGCAGUUGUCAGGUGGUGAACGGGUGCCCCAAAUGCGUGGUAUUUGUUAGCAAAUGUAAGUUGGCAGCUUGUAUCAGCGGAAAACCCGAGAAGCCUGUCGACUUAACUACCUGCGUCGAGGCAUUGAAUCUCAGCGAUAUUUGAUAUAGAGAAGAGUGUUGAUAGAGAUACACGGAGAAAAAUCUAUGGUUUUAUAAACCAAUUGAAUCAGUUGAGGACGAAAGCACAUACCAACUCGGUAACUCGAAAAUGCUCAAUUUUCAUUGAAGAUUGUCAGUUUUAUAAAGGUCAUUGAAUUUAGUGCAUUAGCAGCCGGAUUGUUGAAACUUUACCUGGCUAUGUCGGCACGAUAAGACAAGACAUAGCCGUACCUUUGCCGUGUAAUAUAUAGAUUUUCGAUUCUUGUCGUGCCGACAUAAAUUUCAACAAUCGGGUUGCAGUUCCAACUUGGACCUUUAAAGUGUCCUUAAGUACUUGUCUUAAGGCACACAAAUCUUUCUCUUGGGCUAACUCCUUCACUUUCUGUGCAGUUUUGUGUGUGUCUUAUUAAUUGUUCUCAUUUUUUCGAAUUGAUGAGUUUUCGUUCUCACUGAUUCAAUCAAUGAUUCAUUUAGAAUACCACUAAUAGUCGUAAAUGUACUAAUAAUUCUUGGUCUGUGAACUAUACUAAAUAGUAAUUCGUACCAUACUAAGGUAUAUGUACUAUCACUAAGGUAUGUGUGCUAUAAACUAACUAACUAACUAUUAUACCUUACCCUUUACUUCUAUUAGUGGUUUAUCGUAUGAACCACUAAUUGAUUUAUAAGAUAUAGCUUUUUCUCAAUGCACAGGAAAAAGCCGCCCAUAAAGUACAGAACGCUUUAGAAGAGGAAGAAGGCCUCAUCUUGAGUUAGCAGUGCAUACAAGAGGAAGAAAAGUCUAGGACUACGCCUCGUAGCGCUGAGAUCAACCCGUGGUGUUUAUUUUUCGGAAAUUAAUUCGGGAUGAAACUUCAAUCUGAGAAGGCAACUUUUAAUCCAAAAUUCAUCACGAAAGGCCAAUUUGAAGAAAAUAGGUUAAGCAGAGCGUUAUGCUCUUUUUAGAGGGCGCGGAUGGACCUGUGUUACAAGUGCAUAAUACUGGGAGGGGGCUACACAGUCUGAUUAUCAGCGUUACGUAUUUUAUGAGCGGGCCGAAAGUUGUACCUUAAUUAAAUUGCAUUGCAGUAAGAAUACCUGUGUUGAAAGAUCAGAUAUGCUGUUUUGUAUACAAAUGCUUAUGUAGUUUGAAUAAACUCGUUGCUCGGACACAUACAUUUUAA